CUCCUCCGCCGCCUCCCUGAUAUAGUGCGGCGCGGAGCGGCGCUGGCAGUCACUUGGCGAGCGGCGCUGCCCGGGCUGUGCGCGCGAGCCGGCAGCGGCGGCCAGAGCGGCGGCGGGCAGCGGGCGGCGGUGGCUGGGUUUUCCUGUGCUCGGCACCUCUAACUUGGGAACUGUCCACCAGCGUGAGCUCCUGAACAUGAGCCGCCUCUCUCUCUACCUGCUCGGAUUGCUCCUCAGUUGCGGGCAAGCUCUUCUUCAAGUGACGAUUUCACUUAGCAAGGUAGAGCUUAGCGUGGGCGAAUCCAAAUUCUUCACAUGCACAGCGAUUGGGGAGCCAGACAGUAUAGAUUGGUACAAUCCACAAGGAGAGAAGAUUGUGUCUAGUCAAAGAGUGGUCAUUCAAAAAGAAGGUGUUAGAUCACGGCUAACCAUUUACAAUGCAAAUGUAGAAGAUGCUGGGAUAUAUCGGUGUCAAGCAACUGAUGCAAAAGGACAGACUCAAGAAGCUACUGUUGUUUUGGAAAUUUAUCAAAAGCUUACUUUCCGAGACAUAAUAACCCCACAAGAAUUCAGGCAAGGAGAAGAUGCUGAAGUGAUUUGUCAUGUUACUAGUUCACCUGCACCUGUUGUCAGCUGGUUGUAUCGAAAUGAGGAAGUCACAACUAUUGCUGACAAUCGAUUUGUGAUGUUACCAAACAACAACCUCCAAAUUCUUAAUAUCAAUAAAAGUGAUGAAGGAAUAUAUAGAUGUGAAGGAAGAGUGGAAGCUAGAGGAGAAAUCGACUUUCGGGAUAUCACAGUUAUCGUGAAUGUUCCUCCAGCAAUUAUUUUACUACAGAAGUCCUUUAAUGCUACAGCAGAUCGAGGAGAGGCAAUUACUUUAUUCUGUAGAGCCACUGGCUCUCCUGAACCUGAAAUCAGCUGGCAUAGGAAUGGCAAACUUAUUGAUGAAAAUGAAAAAUAUAUUUUGAGAGGAAGCAAUACAGAAUUAACAAUCAGAGAUAUCAAAAAUAUUGACGCAGGUCCUUAUGUGUGUGGAGCAAAAAAUAAAGCAGGAAAUGAUAAAAAACAGACAUUCCUCCAAGUUUUUGUACAGCCUCAGAUAAUACAUCUUAAAAAUGAAACCACAUUUGAAAAUGGUCAAACAACACUGAUAUGUGAGGCAGAAGGAGAACCUGUCCCAGAAAUUACUUGGAAAAGAGCCAUCGAUGGAAUAACUUUUUCUGAAGGUGACAAGAGCCCAGAUGGCCGUAUAGAAGUCAAAGGGCAGCAUGGAAAAUCGUCACUGCAUAUUAAAGAUGUGAAGUUGUCAGAUUCAGGGAGAUAUGACUGUGAAGCUGCAAGUAGAAUUGGUGGGCAUCAAAAGAGCAUGUACCUUGAUAUUGAAUAUGCUCCAACAUUUGUCUCAAAUCAAACCUUGUAUUAUUCUUGGGAAGGCAAUCCUAUCAAUAUAAGUUGUGAAGUACUAUCUAAUCCUAUAGCUUCAGUUCACUGGAGAAGAGGAAAAUUGGUUUUACCGGCAAAAAAUACUACCCAUUUAAAGACUUACAGUGCAGGAAGAAAGCUGAUAUUAGAGAUUGCUCCCACAUCUGACAAUGAUUUUGGGCGAUACAACUGCACAGCUACUAACAGAAUAGGAACAAGACAUCAGGAAUACACCCUUGGGCAAGCCGAUGUGCCAUCCAGUCCCUACGGAGUAAGAAUUAUAGAGUUGUCACAGACUAUUGCCAAGGUCUCUUUCAAUAAGCCAGAUUCACAUGGAGGUGUGCCCAUUCAUCAUUACCAAGUGGAUGUGAAAGAAGUUGCUUCAGAAACUUGGAAAGUAGUGCGCUCCCAUGGAGUUCAAACAAUGGUUGUUCUUAGCAAUCUGGAACCGAACACAACAUAUGAAAUCAAGGUUGCGGCUGUAAAUGGAAAAGGACAAGGAGAGUAUAGCAAAAUUGAGAUCUUUCAGACUUUACCUGUUCGUGAGCCAAGUCCUCCAUCAAUUCACGGACAGCCAGGCAGUGGAAAGAGCUUUAAACUUAGUAUAACUAAACAGGAUGAUGGAGGAUCCCCCAUAUUGGAAUAUAUCGUGAAAUACAGAAGUAAAGAUAAGGAAGACCAGUGGCUAGAGAAAAAAGUACAGGGUAGUAGAGACCACAUAAUCUUAGAGCAUCUGCAGUGGACCAUGGGUUAUGAAGUGCAAAUUACUGCUGCCAAUAGACUGGGUUAUUCCGAACCAACAUUGUAUGAGUUCAGCAUGCCACCAAAGCCCAAUAUUAUUACUGACACCCUUUUUAAUGGCCUUGGGCUCGGUGCAGUCAUUGGCCUAGGAGUAGCAGCCCUUUUGUUAAUCCUUGUUGUGACUGAUGUCAGCUGCUUCUUCGUACGGCAAUGUGGAUUGCUAAUGUGCAUCACUAGGAGAAUUUGUGGGAAAAAGAGUGGCUCCAGUGGAAAGAGUAAAGAACUAGAAGAAGGAAAAGCUGCAUACCUGAAAGAUGGAUCAAAAGAGCCAAUAGUGGAAAUGAGAACAGAGGAUGAAAGAAUUACCAAUCAUGAAGAUGGGAGUCCAGUAAAUGAGCCAAAUGAAACAACACCACUCACAGAACCUGAGAAACUGCCACUAAAAGAAGAAAAUGGGAAAGAAGCUUUAAAUCCAGAAACUAUAGAAAUCAAAGUUUCUAAUGACAUCAUCCAGUCAAAAGAAGAUGAUAGCAAAGCAUAAAAAGAUGACUACAGCUGUCUGAAAAAAAGUAUUUGGAUUGGAGUAACCCUGUGACCAAAACUCUACAGCUGACCUUAAUUUCUUGGGCAACUUAAGCUUGGAAUAGUUAGUACACGUGUACAUAUGAUCAAACUACUUCUGUCUACAGUACCUCUCUAUUUUGUUUUGUUAAUGUUUUAGUAUGUAGACCUUGCUGACCACAGUCCCUUGGUAUCAAUUUGAAUCUGCAGAAAAAGUACUGUAAUUUAUUACAUUACAAAGGUGAUCUAUUUAUAAAACCACUUUUACCAAGCUACCCCCAGCCACAGAAAUACAACAAAUAGCUCCACAUCCUACAGUGCAAGCUAAACACAUGAAAGAAAGUGCCAUAUACUCCUGUAUUUGUUUCCACUGGUAAUAGAACAAAAGGUUUAGGUGGCCUUUAAAAGAAGAAGGGGGGAAACAUCAGUCUCAGUAUGAAACUUGAGACAGAGGGCUGGCAAAAGUUGAAUAGCCACCUUGGCUGUAUUUUAUCAUUUGACACAAAAUAGAAAGACUGACUAUUAGAUGGUGACAGACCUGCACAUUGGUUUUUAAAUAUAGUACAAGGGUAAUAAACAUGAUGUACAGAUUUAAAACAAAACUGGUUGAAUAUUUUGCAGAAAAAAAAUUGGUCUCGUCUAAACUAUAUGAGUGUUUGACUCUGAAAGGCUACUCAGUUUUCAGAUAUUCUGUGUUAAUGUUUGGGAGAUCAUGUGUGAACUAAAAUGUGGAAACAUGUUUUUUUGUGUGAAAAGAAAACUGAUUUAUGAUAGCUUUUGGUUUCAAGUGAAAUCUUAAAAUAAACAUGAGCUCAACUUAGUUGCCUCCAUGUACUUAUAGAUAUAUAUCAGUCCUUCUUAGUUUUAACCACCUAGUCAAGGAAUAAAGUAUUGCAUUUCAGUAUAACAAAGGAGUUGUUCAUCCCAACCCAGUAGGCAUGUUGUUAAACAGUUGUCCUUAACACAGCACUUGUUUUGUAGCAUAGGAAUAAUAAUUGCAUAUCCUUUGUAUUAUAAAAAAACACAUCAAGAAAGGAGGAAGAGAAGAACUUAGACUAAAUGGUUAAGAACAUUAUAAAAUUAUUAAAUUUGUGGUAUCCAAUAGUCUAAAUAUUUUUAAGGUCCACAGUCUCCAAGACAAUCACUUUUACUUAUGCUGGUAGUGACAGCUAUGAACUAUUAUGAUCAGAUAAUCUUCUUCCUUUGGUGAAAAAUUAAUCCUCCUCUACUGACAAUUGAUUUUUCAUUAUUACCAAUUGGAGGAAUAACAUUUUGUGCCCAGUCCAGCCCUCAGUAUCCAUCAUCUUCUAUACUAAUCAAGCCUUGACUUUGGAAGAGGCAGACAUAGUCAACAAAUGACCACUAACUAAAAUAUCUGCUCUUCAGGGGCAAGUUGUGGAUCAUCCCAUGGUAGAACUGCUCCAUAACUGAAUACAGAUCUGUUAUAUGAAGGUUUAACUCUACUCAGUGGAGUGACACCCACGUAACCUACAUCUAAAUUUGGUUCAUAGUCAUAGUACUUUGGUUGUCUAGGAGAAGAUCAUGUAACUUUUAAUUGAUAUGGGGUCGUCGUGGCAAGGCAGAUGACUUUGUAGUUCAACUACGAUAAAAAGAAUUGUGGGAAAUUACCUGUAAGUUGGGAGAAUUAUUAUUUAGUGUCCCAACUCAUCUAAACACUAAUGUGUUUAAUGGAGCUCUUGCUGCAGAUGUGCUGAAAUUCAUGGUCCCUGGCUUCCUUUCCUUGGGUUGCUUCUAAAAUUGACAUAUUAGUCAAGAAGAACCCAACAAUUUUGUGAUUUUUUUUUUAAAUCCUUCUUGGCCAUCACCUAGGGAAGAAUGCACAAUGAGUCAAGAUAUCAGGGCAGACGGCCGGUAUGGUUGGGGAAAUAGGUUAAACAGAAUCAUGAGACAAUAAUGGGGUAGUGGAGGUAGCACUGGAAUACGGAGGCUGUGAAAGAUGAUCUAUGAUUCUGCUGCAAGUCUGUUACUUAUAAUGCUCAGCCAAUGCCUCUGGGUCAAGGUAAGCUGAAGGGGUGGCUCCUCAGAAGCCUGCCUUGUUGCUCCCAUGCACUGAGCAGGUAGCAGCACAAUUAGCCUGCUAAUUUUCUCCUUCGUGUCUUUCUGGAACUGAGCAGUCAGUGCGAAUCCUUAGUAAAGUGAGUGGGGCUGGCCCCUAAUCUGUAAUUGACAGAGCCACUCCCCAUACAGAAUGCAUACAUGCAGCUGGAGCUUCUCCCACUGGCAAAAAUGCUCAGAGCCAGAGACCUUUCCACUGAAGCCCUUUUUUGUGUGAGUGUGUAACCAAGCAGUAUCCUGGACCAUUCAGAUAGCUUGAGGUAAAGGAAGGGGAAACACACUGUUCAAGCAAUUGUAGAAGAGUAGGCUGGUGGGGCUCAAGCAUCGAGGGAUGGAGCAGGGAGAAAAAUAGUCAGUUAAUCUUCUUGGUGGGACAGUCAUUUGUGUAUUCCACCUUCUACACUGUCACCUUCCCCAACAGUAGUUUCUCCAGGCUCAUCAAGGAAGUAGGGAAUUCCAUUCCCUUCAUGCUUCUGCCAUUAGAGUGCCAGAUCCCGUCACUCUCACUUAUGCUAAGGAAAACCUCACUAUACAAAUAAUCCAGUGUGAAACAAAUGGGAUGAUUCACACAAUAAGGUACAUUUGCACUGUAAGCAAGGGUGGCAGAAUCCAGGCCAGACUAUAGUUGCUUGCCAAGGGAUUCCCCCUGAAUCUUGUUAGUGGCUUCCGUGGCUGCAAACCCCAGGGUGUUUCCUUGGUUCUUCAUCUGUGAAGGCAAUUUUUGCUUGGGUAUGGAUCUAAAUUGCAGGGAGAGAAGUAAGGGGGGAAAACAAGUGCAAAGGGAUUUGAAAAUCUAAAAGUUCUAUACAGCAUGUUUAUUAUUACUAGGAUUGUACAACUCUUUAAAAAUUAACACAAAAACAAAAACCCACCCUACAAAUAUAUUUUGUUGUUCGGUAUAUUAAUAGGAGCUAAAGCAUGUCUGAGUACACUACAUUACAAAUCAACUGGUAUUCCCAGAAGUAUUUAUUUUUCCUGAAGUUAUGUCUCUUGCCCGGGGUGCUGUGUGAUGGUCUGAGAAUCAGAUGGAGCUAAAUUAGUGAUAGACUAUUCCAAGUGUACUCUUUGAUUUGAAGAUUAAUAGGUUUUCUCUUGCUCUCGUCAUCGAUGCCAUGCAGGAGAAGGGCAAACCUAUAACUGUUUUUUUACAUUAUGAAAGAAUGUGCUGAAAUAUCUCUCUUUGCUAAUGUUUCCAAAUGAGGGCAGCUUGUAGUUUAAAUUGUAAGAUAUGUGUAGAACUGGAAUAACAGCCUUUCUUUGUUUUUCUUUCUUAUUAUAGACUGAAAACAUAUCUGUAUAAAUGUCACUUUUACUGUCUGAAAGUAAUUUUAAGUGUUAGUAUGAAAUGUCAGAAGAGUUGACUGAAUAUAACUAUUGGUAAAAGUAACCUGAAUUGUUACACUGUUUUAGUUUGGGGAAGGAGGCCAAGAAGUCUCUUAAAUUUUUGACAGUUCUUGGCAGAUUACAUGAAACAUGGCAAAGACAAUCUCUAUUCAACAACAGAUAAAGAGAAAAAGAGUGAAAACUGCUUAGAUUUUUUUUAAGUAGGAGAUGCAUUUUGAUUUACCACAAUAUUUUUUUAAAAAUUAUUUGCGAUUAUAUUUUUGCAAUUUAUUCUAAAAAUAUAUUAUGGAGAGUAUUUUUGUUGUUCCUUCCCCCUCACCAAUGAUUUAUUGUUUUUCGUGGGGGCCCCAGAAAUAUUUACUAUUCUGUUGAUGCUAAUACCUGAUGUGAUAAAGCUUAAUUUAUUUAGGCCCUAAUCUUGAAAGCUAUUUUGCAGGGUGGGCAGACCCUUCACCCAUGCAGCACCCCAUUGACUUCAGUGGGGAUGUGCAUAGGCAGAAGGUUCUACUUGCUUGGAACAGUUUGUGGGAUCAGGGCCUAGUUUUUAUCUUCUUCAUAGAUAUGUACAACUUUAGCAUACGACAGUCAUGUAGACAGGCUGUUUUGACAACAGUUCACGGCAUAGUAAAUUUCACUUGACAUCUUCAAUCUUUGAACUGAUGUUUAUCUGAAAAGUGGCUUUCUUUUCAUGAUGGUAAUGAAAUCGAUCAAGUCCUUAUUCAUUUAAGUGCCAAUCAUUGAAUGGUAAUAUUACAAUCAUGUCAUUUUUUCCAUUUCUCAGAGCAGAUAAUCAAGAUGUAUUUGUGCCUUUGAAUAGCAUGCCACUCUGCUUUAUUAAAAAAAAACAACAAAAAACAAAUCUCCUUCAAUAAUUUGCCUACUAAUCCUGUUUAGAAGAUUUGAAAUUUUUACAUUGAUAUAAUUUCCUCCUCAGAAAUGUAAAAUGUAUCUAAGUUAAGCUGGCAAUCAUAUUUUUCAAUUCACUUUAAUAUUUAAAACCCCAAACCUGUAAAAGAUUUGGAGAGGUAGCACUUUUGUUCUAAUUUGCUGGAGCCAUUGUUAAAUGCUUUUGCGGUAGGUAGAGAAUAGUGUGUUCAGGAUUUAGGUAGGGGAAGGCAUUGCCUUGUGUGGGGGUACUCGGACCAAAUGCCUCAAGUUGAAGCUUUUUUGAGAUUCAUCUAGGGAUCCUCCACACUGUUAUUAGUCCUCCCUUUCCCUCUAAAAUGUUAACAGCCCCUUUCAGAUCUGAAAGGAACCCUGGAAUCUUUCCCCACCAUUUUACUUUGAGUAAAACCAUUGUGAAUGUUACCUGCGGAAAUAUUCAUGGCUUCACUGUCUCUGUUAUAGCUGUCUCUGAAAAUAACUUAUUUAUUUAGAGUAUUUUCUACAGGUAUUGGGUGAAAUUCACUCUUGUGUAGAAAACCACAACCAGGCCUAUGUACCGUAUGAGCCCACAGACACAAAUAUUGCAAGUUGACCGUCAGGGAUGUGGAGGGGAAUCCCUGUAUAGAAACCCAUUGAGUUAAAUCUUGGCUUUAUUGACGUUAAUGAUAAAAAUCCAGUUGACUUCAGUGGGGGCCAGGAUUUUAUCUAUUGAUUUCAACGGGCUCUACAUGUGUUCAUGGCUCUUCCCACUUGAAUCACCUUGGAGAAUCAGAAGUGAGGCUAUGUCUAAACUGCAAAUAAAAGUUCCCAUGGCUGGCCCAUGCCAGCUGACUCAGGCUUGCAGGACUUGGGGUAAGGGACUGUUUAAUGGCUGUGUAGAUCAUAGAAUCAUAGGACUGGAAGGGACCUCUAGAGGUCAUCUAGUCCAGUUCCCUGCACUCAUGGCAGGACUGAGUAUUAUCUAGGCCAACCCUGGCAGGUGUUUGUCUAACCUGCUUUUAAAAAUCUCCAAUGAUGGUGAUUCCACAUCCUCACUAGGCAAUUUAUUCCAGUGCUUAACCUCCUUGAGAGACAGUUUUUCCUAAUGUCCAACCUAAACUGCCCUUGCUGCAAUUUAAGCCCAUUACUUCUUUUCCUUGUCAGAGGUUAAGGAGAACAAUUUUUCUUGCUCCUCCUCGUAACAAUCUUUUAUGUUCUUGAAAACUGUUAUCAUGUCCCCCUCCCAGUCUUCCCUUGUUCGGGCUUGAGCUGGAGUCUGGACUCUAGGACCCUGGGAAGGGGAAGGGUCCCAGAACUCGGGCUGCAGCUCAAGCUCGAAUGUCUACACCGCAAGCUGCUUAGCCAGAGCCCUGUGAGCCGGAGUCAGCUAGCACAGGCCAGUCACAGGUAUCUAAUUACAGUGUAGACAUACCAUUAGGACACACAUGGGACUUGUGGUAUAUCAGCCUUAUACUGGCUCUCUUCAUAGGGAAUUUUUUCCUUAUUAGGGUUUAAUACUGAUCUCAAAAUUGCAUCACAAUUUUAUCCCAUUCCUUAGCAUGUUUUCAAAGUUCGUAAGGAGAUGAAUAAAUGUUUCUCUCUAAGUAACAAAUGGUGAUUACCUGACUUUGUCAUAAAGGUAAAAGACGUAUUCUGGGGGGAGGUUUAAACUCAAUUUGGUUUGCUGCAGACGGCAGCAGUGCUAAGUGGAAAACUACCAUGGUUAAGUCAAUAUUUCUGUUUUGUUUUUGUUUUUUUAACAGUCCUGUAAAAAAAGUCCCUUCACACUUCACUGCAACAUUUUUCAGAUAUUAAUAUAAUUUUAAGGAAGCACCUAAUCAAAUUGAUUGCUUUUGGAAAACCACCAAGUUUUAAAGGAUUUGCAGAAUUUCUACCAUACAUGUAAAUGAGCAAUUGAUAGAAGAUUGGAUUGGGCUUGAUACAAACUGGAGUCUUUCCACUUACUUCAAUGGGCUUUGGAUCAGGCCCUUUAAAGAUUGUAGUUUACCAAUGUAUCUUUCCUCUUAAAAAAUAUUGUGAACCCAAUGCUGUUUGAAUUUCAAACUCGGAUUUGCCUUUUCUAGCCCAAGAUAAUGAAAUAAAUAUGGUCUGCCAAAUUUGUAUUGGCAGAUUUUAAAUCACAGUUGGGAUUGGAGACAUGGCAGGAUGACCUGAUGCAGUGCAAGAAAGCUGACAAAAAUAAGGAAAGCCAGAAAAAGAGGCAGCUGGUGUAAAGGAUUGAUCAAUCUAGAAGAGGGAGCAGCUGCUAAGAUGUGAGGUUGCAGCAAGAUAGGGUGGUGGCAGAGAAACUGAGCUGCUAAACCAGAAGAGACCGCUGAAGAGGUUAGCCCGAAUCAGGGGAUUUUUGAACUCUGAAAGCUACCGAAGGGAGAACAUUAACUCAGAUAGACCCUAUAAUUUUGCCAUGUAAUUAGGCUAUAUUUAAAAAAUAAAGAAAACUAUGGGUGGGAGUGGGGGAGAAUAACCCCUCAGAAUGUAUAUAAGUCAGUACAAAAAAUAAAACAAAACAGUUUACUCCUUCAGGAAAUGUUAUUGCUCAUGGUAUAGAGUUCUCGCUACAAAUAUGUAAAUUAUUUAGAGAAGACUUUAAAAAAAAUAGCUUUCCUGCUACAAUGAGCACUUGGUAUGUAUUUUGUAUGCUGUGUACAGUAUAAGCUAAGGGAUACCAUAUAUUGUUUUUGUUAUUCCACACGUUGUCAACAGCCCACUUAUGGUAUAUACCAUCUGAAUUAUAUAUUGAUGAGUUAGCUACCACUGGGGCUAGUUUGUUUAUUGUUUCAAAAUCUUAUGUCCCUAUGAAAUGCUGUAUAUAUAUAUCUAAACUGUAAAAAUAAUAAUAAUAAUAAUUAAUAAUACUGCAAAUGCUGAAGUUUUGUAUUUAUGAAAGACAUAGAAAGUAUGGCUUAAAGUAUAUCAAUUAUUUGUCACUCUUCACCAUUUGUAUAUUAAUAGUAAAGAUACUUUUACUUUCA